AUGGCGUCCACGCUGUCCGUGCGAAGCUACUCUGUGCGCCAGCCGUCCUUCUCCAGCGCGUCGGUGAGGGUCCGCUCCAAAGCCCCCGCGGCAACGGCCGGCACCCUGUCCCUGUCGCGCUCGGUGUCGGUGGGCAACGGGCUCCAUCUGCUGAGCACCGGCUUGUCCCUCAACGGGCCGGCUGCCAGCGAGAAGGAAACAAUGCAAGGGCUCAACGAGCGUCUGGCCAACUACCUGGACAAGGUGCGCUCUCUGGAGAGGUCCAACGCCGAGCUGGAGCUGAAGAUCAAACAGCUGAUGGUGGAGAGGCAGCCCAAGGGACACGAUGUGGACAACAUGAUGGCGCAGGCGCACGCCAUUGGACAGGAGGUGAGGAAGAGGACCCUGGAGAACGCCCGCAUCAUGCUGGAGAUCGACAACGCCAAGCUGGCGGCCGACGACUUCAGGGUCAAGUGGGAGGCGGAGGCCGCCUUGUGUCAGUCGGUGGAGCGCGACUGCCAGGCUCUGAGGCGGGCCAAGUCCGACCACGACCAGAUCAUCUCCACACUGAGAGGAGACUUGGAUAGCCUGAAAGAGGAGCUCUACUUCCUCAAGAAGAACCACGACGAGGAGAAGAGCUCCCUGAAGGCACGCUUGGCCAACGAGCAGCUGAACGUGGAGGUGGACGCAGCUCAGGGCCCCGAUCUGGGCGCCGUCAUGGCCGAGCUGAGGGUCCAGUACGAAGGCAUCGCGCGCAAGAAUAAGGAGGAGGCUGAGGCCUGGUACCUCAAGAAGCUAGACGCGGUGCAGUCCGAGGUCAAGGAGAGCAAUGAGGCACUCCGCUGCGCUCAAGGCGAAUUGAGCGAGCGGCGCCGUUUCCUGCAGGCGCUGGAGGUGGAGUUGGAUAGUCUUCGCAAGCAGGCGAGCGUGCUGGAGGGCAACCUGGGGGAGACGGCUCACAAGUACUCGGCAGAAAUGGAGCGUCUGCAGGGGACCCUGGUGCAGCUGGAGGACGAGCUGUCGCAGCUGCGCCUAGACAUGCAGCGCCACAAGAGCGACUAUGAGCAGUUGCUGCGCAUCAAGCAGAACUUGGAGAUGGAGAUCGCCACCUAUCGGAAGCUGCUGGAAGGAGAGGAAAUGGUGAAAGAAAUAGCGCCACCUCCUAAAAAAGAGCCCGAUGUCCGCACCAGGAAGAUCGUCAAGGUGGUCACUCAGACCAUGAUCAAUGGCAAAGUGGUGGACGAGUCCAGCGAAGUGGAGCAGAUUGAGGAGCGCAAAAAAUGA